AUGUCAGAAAUAAUUCCCCAUGUGUAUUUGUCAUCAGUUGUUUAUGCCAAAGACUAAAAUUGGCUCAACAAGAACUAAAUCUCUAAUAUACUAAUAAUUGGCGAUUUACCUGAAUAUUUCCCUUCUAAAUUUUCCUAUAAAUGUAUUUCGAUUGAGGACAAACCAGAAACCAACAUAAGAUAAUAUUUUGAGGAGUGCAUAGACUAUAUUGAUUCAAUAAUUGCUUAAGAUAAAAAUAUUUUAGUUCAUUGUUAUGGGGGUUAGAGUAGAUCAGUGACAAUUAUAACAGCCUAUAUUAUUAGAAAAUUAAGGCUCAAUUCGUAAAGAGCUUUGAAUUAUGUAAAAUAAAAGCAUUCCAGAGCUGGACCUAAUUAAGGGUUCUUGGAUUAAUUGAAGACAUUUUAAUGA